UCUGUCAUGCACUUGCGUACUAUUACACGGAGUGAGAGUGGACCAAUUCGAUAUCGCUGUGUAUUCUGGGUACGAACAGUUAUUCCACGAUGGCGGCGAGCAGGAGGCUGCACAAGGAACUUGAUGAAAUCCGCAAGUCUGGAAUGAAAAACUUCCGUAACAUUCAAGUGGAUGAAUCAAAUAUUUUGACUUGGCAAGGCCUCAUUGUUCCAGAUAACCCUCCGUACGAUAAAGGUGCAUUCAGAAUUGAGAUAAUCUUCCCAGCGGAGUACCCAUUUAAGCCCCCCAAGAUCACAUUCAAGACCAAGAUCUACCACCCCAACAUCGACGAGAAGGGACAGGUGUGUCUGCCUGUGAUCAGUGCGGAGAACUGGAAACCAGCCACUAAAACUGACCAAGUGAUCCAGUCCCUGAUUGCCCUGGUCAAUGACCCCCAGCCGGAGCAUCCCCUGAGGGCAGACCUAGCAGAGGAAUACUCUAAGGACCGUAAAAAAUUCUUUAAGAACGCAGAAGAGUUUACAAAGAAACAUGGAGAAAAACGGCCUGUGGACUGAGAACACCUGAGUGUGACUCCCUCCUUCCCCAAGGGCCUUCUUCCUUUUUCUCCCUUUCCAAUUUUCCUGUACACCCCCCUCUGCUCUUUCCCCCUCUCCUGAAAAAUGCCCCCCCCCCAACAUGUACACACAUCCUUCUAGGCCCCCCCCCCCCUCUCCUACUGGGGAAGUAUAUCUCAGCUCCACUUUGCCCUGGCUACAGGACUGUGUUGUGAAUCAGGCAGGUUGUUCACUCUUGGGUGUCAGCUUGUGGCUGUUACUAACUUUCUACUGAUUUCUUAAAUUAUAAAAAUGCCGGAAUUGGGCACAAGAGAGCAAAAGGGAAGAAAAAAAGACAACUGAAAGAAAGAUGUGAUAAAAAUGUUGUUUUUGCUCAACUCAUUCAUGAUUUGUUCACAGAAGUGAUUUGAUUGCUGGUGUAGACCUCUGUAUAAAGAUUGUCAACUGUUUUGAAACCUA